AUGAUGAGGUUCAGUUCCCUCCUGAUGUUUAUCUGUCUCUAUGUGGGACUGUGUCAUGCUGGUAGAUACGGAAAAUGGCGUUCUCCGGUUCGUUACCAUGGAUAUGGAAAGCAGUCCGUCAUUGCAGGAAAUUAUGGAAUGGGAUACACACCAUCCUAUUACGGAUACAACCAAGGUGGUAUAUCCUUUGGAUAUCCAGCUGGAUUUAGUCAGGGUACUUCAAGCUUUGGAUAUUCCACCACUGGAUACAUGCCUUCAACUGGAUCCAGUUGGUCUAGCAUGGGAUAUACACCUUCUGUUGGAUCUGGAUUAAGCGGAGCAAUAUCCAGUAUUGGCUAUCAAUCUGGAUCCAGCAUGGGAUAUGCACCUUCUGUUGGAUCUGGAUUAGGCAGAGCAAUAUCCAAUAUUAAUUACCCAUCUGGAGCCAGCGGAUACUACAGCCAGGGAAUGUACGACCCCUAUGGUCAGGGCUAUGCCAGUGGCAUCUACUAGUACUGUCACUUAAAACAAUAAAUUCACAAACAGAAAACAAUGACCGUUUCUUACCAAUACUAAAUGAAUCCAAUUAGUACCUAAGGCAAAACAAAGAAGGCUUUCUAGAUAUUACAGUUUCUUUUAUUCAUUUUUUUCAAGCUAUUUACAACUGCAAAGUGUAUAUUUAUAUCACAUUACAGAAGUUAUAUACAAUGGUGAUUCUUUGUAUGAACGCACUAUUUUUCUUCUCAACUUGACAGCCACAUCUGCCAAAGAAGUCAUUGUAUUUCAAACAAAAUCAAAAUGAUUGCGUACAUUUAAUGGUAUAAAGAGCUUACAUUUUCAAAGAUGUUGAGUCGAUCUCCCCUUCCCCAAUCCAAAUAUUAUUCAAGCUUUAAUAAACCAUUUUUAUACCUUCCAUACAUUAUAAAAAAAAAAUAAGAGUACAUGCAUCAGCUUGCUUUUUAGCAAAGAGGCAAUUUUAUGUGCAGAUCACAUUAGGAAAUCAACAAUCUAAAUGCAGUGAUAAUUUUUUAAAAACCAAACUUGACCCCCCCCCCC